UUUGAUGAAAUUCCUGGAUCUCAAUUGCACACCCCAAAACCACAUCCUUUGACAUUGAAUCAAUUUGGUGGUCCAUCGCCGGCUGAGUUUGCUGCUUCUUAUCAAGAGCCAUCUAAUCCGAAGUUUGGAUUUGAUGGAUUCCCCAUCCCUGGUUCUCCUGAAUAUACUACUCGAGCCAACUCGGUGAUUGGUGCUAACCCACCACCUUCUGGUCUCUUUUCAUCUCGUCUUUCUCAAUCGCAACAAAGUCAAUUGUAUCAACAGUAUGAGGUUGAAGAUGAUACCGUGAAGGACUAUGUUCCAAUCGCUGAGGAUGAAGAUGAAGAUGAUGAAGAUGUGAAACUUGCAAAAAAGAAACUCCAAGAGAAGCAAGCCAAGUUGAAGAAACAACAGGAACAACAACAAAGAGAACACCAAAGACAACAGCAACAACGUAGUCAAAGAGGUAAAGGUGAAGAUGGACGUUGGUUUAAUUUCCUUGGGAAGAAUAAUGACGGUAAACCAAAGCCUACAAGAGCUAAUUUAGGUGAGAAGGAAAACUUGUUUUACUAUGAUGAAGAACAUAAGCGUUGGUUAGAUAAGACUAAGCCGGUUGAAGAACAAUUGAAGGCGGCUGAAACUCCUCCGCCUCCAAUGAUGAAGAGAAAGGCUCCUAAUGGCCCAUCUCCUCUUGGUGCACCUCCAGCUACUGGUCCAGGUCCUGCCCGUCCUGGUAAUGCACUUGCUUCGCCACAUUUAGUGGCAACAAGUGCUGCUAAUGAAGAUGGCGCGGCUCCUCCAAAGCCUCAGCCAAAGUCUCAAGCAAACACUCCAAGUUUGGCUACUGCAAGUUUGGAUAAUUUAUUGGCUAUGUCUGCUGGUGGAUCUUCAACUGGUAAGAAGGCAAAGAGGGGCGGAGCUAGAAGAGCACGUGUUAAUGUGAUGGAUUUACAAUCAUAA